ACUUGGCUUUCUUAUGGAUUGUUUUACAGUAGCUGUCCUGGCUUGUAUAUGACAGAAGUAAAGAUGAAUGAAAGUGGAAAACGGACAUUAAAAGCAUCUAUGACUUCGUGUGUAUUUGAGAAGACUGCCUCGCUGGCUGGUGGUCUCCUACACGUGAAUGGCAACAGCAGUUUAAGUGAAGGAGAUCAAGGUUGUGGCAGGUCUUCAAAGAAAACGUCUGCUAAAAAGGACCAGGUCAAAGAGCAGAUUAAUUCUGUGGAUGGCCUCGAUGACUUAACUCUGUCACCGGAAACAGCUCCCAAGGAUUGUGAGUCGCUCUUCCCUAAUUAUAAGAAUACCCUGAGGCUAAUCGAACAACGUGGCCCGGAGAGUAAAGAUUCUGAUAGGUUAUUGAAAAUUCAGGAUCCAGUUCAUUCAUUCAGAUCAAUAGAACUUAAAGAAUCUGACUGUGCACUACUUAGAGGAAAAAUUAAAGAAAUGGAAAAUAAGGUGAACUGGCUACACACAGAGCUGCUGAAAACAAGAGAAGCAAAAUCACAGUUAAAACUUGAAAAUGUGGAGCGGGAACGAGAGCUCUGCCGCAUGAGAUUCACAUUAGAACAAGAAGCAAAGAAGAAGAAAAAUGCUUAUAUAUUAUAUGAAAAAUCUAAGGAUGAUUUAAAAAGAAAAGAGAAACAAUACAAUGAGCAAGUUUCCGUGAACCAACAACUCGAAAUCACUGCCCGAGCACUGGAAUGCGAACUGAAGAGCAUAAGGAAUAAACCAAAUCAGGUUUCAGAAGAGCGAAAUGAUGCUCAGAGACAACUUUCUCGAGAGCAGAAUGCCAGGGUAAUACAAGAUGAAAUCCUGGCCCAUUGUCUUUCCCAACAAAAGGAGACAGAAAAGGCUAAUAAGAAAGUGAAUGCUGAGGACACAACGGAUUUUGAGCUGUCUGACCCAAAAGGUAGCAGCGAGGUGCUUCCUCAGCAACUUCCUGAAGCUGAACGUCAAUUCCGUGGCCAAGAAGUUGAGCUCCAUCCCAGGAGAGAUGCUCUUAGACCGAUGACGUUGGUAUUACAAUGUGUGCAUAGAGACGGAGGCCAAGCCCAGCGUUCAAACAAGGAAACUGAACCCUUGUCUCAGAGCAAACAAGGGAAAGUCAACAGAUACAUUGGAAAGCAGGCAUUCUUGGAAAAGAGAGUAUAUGAGCUACAAAGUGAAAACAUGUUGCUUCGACAGCAACUGGAAGUUGCUCAGAAUGAAGCGAGAGGUAAAAAGACAAUACUUAAUAUCCCAGAGCCGUUUCCUGAUCACAUGGGAAAACUUGAAGCCAUGAGCAAACGAGUUCUGAUGCUGGAGGAAGGAAACAAGGAAUUAAUCAGUGAAUACAAAUGUUUGAAAGACAGACUGUCUCAGUAUGAAACUGACAGAGCAGAAAUGAAAGUAAGUACCCAGAAGGAGUACUUCCUCAAAGAAAAUUCAAAGUAG